AUGCACGAGAAACAUCUGUUGAGUAUCACUUUACUCGGUGUUUUGACCGGUAUUUUGUUGGGUGUAUUUUUGAGAAACUUUAAUCUGAGCGAUGAUUUCAAAUUGGCUGUUGGAUUUCCUGGCGAAAUUUUUAUGCAGAUUUUGAAGCUGAUGAUUUUGCCACUCAUUUUUUCAUCGCUGAUUUCAUGUGAGUUGAGGAUUUUUUUUUGAAAAAGGAAAAUGUUGAAAUAUUUUUGAAGCUCUUGGGCAAAUGAAUGCGAAGGGUUCUGGUAAAAUGGGAUUUUUGGCAGUUUUAUAUUAUAUGACAACUAUGAUUAUUGCGAGUACUGUAAGUAAUUUUGAUCAGAAAAGUUACAAUUACAAGUUCGCUCUAUCGAACAAUCAACAUUUUCUCGAUUUCAGAUCGCUGUUAUGUUUGUCUUUCUGAUUCAUCCUGGAGAUCCGAAGGUCAAAAAUCGAUUGAUUCCAAACACCAAAGAUAAUUCUGACUUGACAGCUUUCGAUGCUCUUUUGGAUCUUCUCAGGUUCACAUCCACCCUACAAACCUCUCUCUCUAUAACAAAAACUUUUUUUCAGAAAUAUGUUUCCCCAAAAUAUCGUUGAAGCAACAAUAAAACGAUCACAAACAACGAUAAAAUUCUCGAAAAAACAUGUGGAGAAAAGCGAGGGGACGAAUAUUUUGGGAAUCAUUGUGUUUUGCACGAUUUUCGGAAUGAUUAUCUCAAAACUCGGGCAAAAAGCGCGAAUAAUUGUCGACUUUUUCAUAAUUCUUGAUAAAGUUGUCAUGAGAUUUGUAUCAUUUUUGAUGUGGUUUUCACCGUUUGGAAUUAUUAGCUUGAUCAGUUCUAGUAUUUUGGAUAUUGAUGACUUGGCAAAAAUGUUGAGCACCAUGGCUUUGUAAGUUUUUUUCUAACAAGGGAACAUUGUGUUAUUUACUACCUCAAACUAGUAGACCUCAAACUUUUCAAAAAAAUUUCUGGUAGAUCAAAAAUAUUUUUCUCUAAAUCUCUCAGUUUUGUGUUGAAUUUCGAAGAUCUUUUUCAGAUAUGUCACAACAAUAAUGAUCUGUCUAUUCGUCCAUUGUGUCCUGGCAAUUCCAACAUUAUAUUUUCUGCUAACUCGAAAAAAUCCUUGGAAUAUUGCCAAAUCAAUGGUUCAACCGUUUGUUACAGCUCUCGGGACGGCGUCAAGGUAA